AUGGCACCCGACAUUAACAGCCUUCCACCUUCUCCCUACCGUAGUCAGGGCACAUCUUCCAACCCAAGACGACCUUCUCAACCGCGGCGUCUCUCAGAGCGCGUAGCUUCACCAUCCACAAGUCUAUUCUCCUCGACACCUCCGCCUCGCUCACCAGUCCUAUCCUCUGCGUUCAAUCAACCGCCACCACAUGAAGACAACACAGGCGUAGACCCCGGACCAGGCCCCCUCCGACAUCCCCGUCCCCUUACAGCAGCGGACCUGCACAUGCAACUCGAGAAAGAGCAAGAAGCAGUAGUCAAUCGUCUGACGCGCGAACUCACCCUCCUCAGACAGCAGACCGCCUCUGUGAACUCCACAACCUCCUCCACCUCCGCAUCCACAGGCAUUGCAGAACCCGAUCCUAGCAGUCACUCAGCCUACCUCACCAGCGGUUCCGCUCAUCCUACUUCCUCUCGCCGGCACCGCUCCUCCUCAAACCUCAGCUCUCGCGGAACCACAAGCACAGGAGCAGGUACAUCCAGUACGAGCACCGUCAACACGACAGGUGCGCUAGCCGGCUCAGGUAUCGCCCCUCCACGCGAUUCCAGCAUCCCAUACACCUACUCUCGUGGCGAUCCAAACCUCAGCCGUCAAAGCUCCGUAGCAUCCCGACGUUCAGAAGCCUCCUCGCCCUCCUUAUCCUCCUCACUCAUCUAUCAGGGCCAGCAAGGAGAACAUAACCUCCCCUUUCACCAUCACCGACACUCGCAUUCAAAUUCUACAUCUGCACAAGCAGGAGCAGCGGUAACAGCCGGUGCGAGCGCACGGUCGGGCUCUAUGGGCGCUGUAGCGCAUGUGCCCAGCACGGCACGGUACGAUGACGCGGCGCACGCAAAGGCGGAAUUGGAGAUGGUGAAGGCAGAGAAUGAAGCUUUGAAGAGUCGGAUAAGGGAACUCGAGCGGAUGGCUACACGAAGAGGAGAGGACGCCAAGGCGCAAGAGGAUAGGGGGUGGAACAGCGCCCUUCUGAUGUAG